AUGCUCGGCCGGUACAGCCGAGUCCAGAUCUUCUUCGAAACUAAAGAUGUUGCUAAUUCGGCCGACAGGAUCAAGAUCCUUGGCAAUCUCAUCGCGGAGACCAAUCUCCAAUCCUUCUACGCCAACGAGGCAUCUGGGUUCCUGACCAAGUCCUGGGACGACUUCAAAGUGCGGAUGUUCGACUUUGCCCUCCCCACGAACUGGUGUUCGAGCUUACAACGCCAGGUCCGCAAGCUCGAGAUGUCGCAGACCAAAACCUUUCUGGAGUACAGUACCCGGGCUCGCACGAUGCAGAGCCUAUUCAACUUCGACGCCAACGAAGCCUCCAAGCUUGGAGAUCUUCAACUGGCCCAAUUCUUGGUUUAUGGCCUACCUGACGCACUUCAAGACCGGAUUUACAAACGCCAGCUAUUAGAGGUGGCCCCGUUCGCAUAUGGCUCUUUCGAAAAACAAGCGAAACGCUUCCUUCCUGGCUUUGCAUCGACCGACCGAAACACCUACACCGAUAAGGACUACACCGACGCGGCCGGCGCCUGUCCUGGACCAAUCGAUCGAUCUCGCAUCGACAUCCCAUCGACUUUCCCAACCCCGGUUAAACCAGCCGACUAUGUUGCCCCGCGCUCCUGGGGUAAACCGACAGCCGCGCCAGGAAAGGCCACACAAGCUCCGGCAGGACGACCUUCAACCCGUGCUGCGAGCGUUGCGGGUAUUGCGGACACGACACCCCUUGAGGCCCAAGUCUCUGCGCUGACACUCGACGCAGCUAUGCGAGAGGAUGGGCGCUGGGACACCUACUUCGACGACGAGGGAUGCUUCCCCAGCCUGGAACCGGCCGCUGUAGCGGCACUCGAGGAUCUCGACAGUCAACUCCUCGCGAACGAGAUUGAGAAGGCCGAACAAGCUGCCCUAGCGGAUGCUAUCGCCGGUCACCCGGGACGCGCUUAA